AUGCAGGACAAGCCAGCUGUCUUCCUUCAUGGUGUUCAACUUGUGAUGCAGGACAAGCCAGCUGUCUUCCUUCAUGGUGUUCAACUUGUGACAUAUGACAAGCCAGCUGUCUUCCCUUAUGGACAAGCCAGCUGUCUUCCUUCAUGUUGUUCAACUUGUGAUGUAGGACAAGCAAGCUGUCUUCCCUUAUGGUGUUCAACUUGUGAUGCAGGACAAGCCAGCUGUCUUCCUUCAUGUUGUUCAACUUGUGAUGUAGGACAAGCCAGCUGUCUUCCCUUAUGGUGUUCAACUUGUGAUGUAGGACAAGUCAGCUGUCUUCCUUCAUGUUGUUCAACUUGUGAUGUAGGACAAGCAAGCUGUCUUCCCUUAUGGUGUUCAACUUGUGAUGCAGGACAAGCCAGCUGUCUUCCUUCAUGUUGUUCAACUUGUGAUGUAGGACAAGCCAGCUGUCUUCCCUUAUGGACAAGCCAGCUGUCUUCCUUCAUGUUGUUCAACUUGUGA